ACUUGGUAGCAUUGUUGGAAAGAUUGGAUGUUGUAGUGGCUAAUCAUAUAAUCUUAGAAAAUGAUCUUAAAAAUCUUGAUAUUCAUUCUGAGCGUCAGCGUCGCUUUCUAUAAAGAUGCUGUGAUGGGUGAUUCAGAAGCAAUUGUCUUUCCUAACAAUACACGAAGUACUGAAAAUCCGAUCAGCUCAACUGCGCCACAGAAGGAACCAAACAGUACCGAAUCGGGUGGAAAAGUAAACGAUAGUUCUAUUAAAAAAGAAGUAGCUUCUUCAUUACAAGCUACAACAAGCCCUGACUCGGAAGUUUCGACACAACCUCAGAGUGCGGGGAUAAUUGAAAGUGUUGGAACUCCAUCACUUAAGGAACCAGAAACGUCAGGCACUACCACAUCAGGCGUGGAGGGAAACGAUAGCACAACGGCAAAAGAAGCAACAUCUUCAUCGCAAGCUACAACAAGCCCUGGCUUGGAAGUUUCAACACAAGCCCAGAACGCGGAGAAUACCGGAGGUAUAUUCCAUGGUAUAAAUGAAACACAAGCAAAACAUUCGACGGUUAACGCAACCGAAGUCACUCCAGCUGUACCAAACGAACCGAUACACUUGAAAAUGAAUGUACCUUGGGUUGAAUUCAAUAAAACAUUGAAGAUUGCUUCAUUCUAUAAAAUAGAUACUAGUUUUGUACGUUGGGAAUCAUCUAAAAAUAAAACGGCUGUCACCGUACUCAUGGUUGACUACUACAAACUCUUGGAAAAUAUAUUCGUGAAACACAAAAAAGCUGUUGAGGAAAAUCUGGAUACAUUUCCAACUAUUUCAUCAUGGAAUGACACGUUGACAAAAAUCAUGAGCAUUGAUGUGAACAUGUUCAAUUUUUUCUUAUUUAAGGUCGGUCCAGAUGUGAUCGUUCCUUGGGAACAAUUGAAAAAAGACGUCGUCAUUUUGCUAAAAGAUGACCUCAAUAAAAUAUUGGAUAAAAUGAAACAAGUUGGAGUCAAGGACAAUUUUGAGCCUGCCUACUGUAAAAUGCCAUUUGACAAAUUUAGUCGUCUCUGGGGACACGUAACAAAGUUCUUGAUUGCUAUUAAGGUUUAUGCCUAUUGUGUCAUCUGCGGUUUGGGUAUAAUAGGAAACAUACUAUCAUAUGCAGUGCUAUCUAAAGACAAGAUAAACACAAGUAUUUUCACUUUAAAGGUCCUUGCAGUGAUAGAUACUGUACACUUAAUUCUCAGAAUGGUAACAGAGCCUUAUUUCGUAGCAUACAGUUACACAAACUGGGUUAAUAAGACCCUUGAUAGAAAUACAUCCCACGAAUAUGCAAUUGCAACGAUUUAUAUGCGUCCACUGGUGGAAAUGGCUCAAAUGGCGAGUGCUUGGACAGUCGUAUUUCUGACGCUGGACCGUUUUAUUGCCAUUUGUUUUCCUUUCAAAGCAAUUAACUUCUGCACCAUGAAGAUCGCUAGAUUAGGAGUCGGUUCAGUCGUUUGUUUUUCUGUGUUGUACAACAUCCCAGUCUUCUUCUCGAUGACACCCAUAUGGUCGGAGCACAAGUGUCUUCACAUAUGGAUGGUAUUUAGAUACCUCAGUGCAUUCGGUAAGAAUUGGUACUACAGAAUCGUCUAUGAGUUCAUACUGAACCUGGUAUUCCGAACAUUUGGUCCUGUCUUUUUGGUAUUCAUUAUGAACGUGAAACUUGUACACGAACUGAUAGCCUCGAGAAAACGUCGAGAGAAAAUUACUUCGCAUACUAGCACCGAUAACGAGAACAAGGACCGAAACAUAACAGUGACUUUAAUCUCCAUUUCGUUUAUGUUCCUCAUCUGCAUCAUUCCCAUGGUUGGGCAGAAAAUAUUUGACAUCGUCGUAUAUCUCGUCUUGGAUGUAAAGGUUAACGAAGGCAUGGCAGUCGAGCUAAUCCUGUCUGAGUACUCUCAUAUCUACGAAGCCUCUGGUAUCUAUGGGGCAGUUGUCGACCUACUCCUUAUCGUUAACUCCUCAAUAAACAUUAUUGUCUACUGUUGGGUAAGGAAGGAGUUCGCAAGGAUAUUGAUGUAUCUGUUCUGCCCAUGUCGAGCAAAGAAGGAGUCGGGUAUUGUGUCAAAUACUGCAUCAAGUAAACUUGGUAGUCGUAGUUACUCGGAUUCUCCCAUGUAG